ACCCACAGAUGCCACGGUCCUCAUGGUGGGUGCUGGCCGCAGCGGCAUGGAUAUCACUCAUCAUAUUUACCCGUAUGCCAAACGCAUCUACCUCAGUCACCACCUCCAACAGAAGCCACCAAUCACAGACUUUAUGCCGAAUGUUGUACAAAAGCCGCUUGUGCAGCGCUACACGGAAAGUGGCGCCGUUUUCAAGGAUGGCACUCAAGCCAACUUCACUCACAUUAUAUUCUGUACUGGUUACAAUUUAACAAUUCCCUUCCUCAGCGCCGAUUGCAAUCUACAAGUGCAUGACAAUUUCGUAUUUCCACUCUACAAGCAUUGCAUUAACAUCUAUCAUCCGACGAUGUGCUUCAUAGGAUUACCAAUUUAUGCCUACCCGAUACAACUCUUCGACAUACAGAUGCGCUUUGUGAUGCAAUACUACAGCGGAAAAUUGCAAUUGCCCAGUACAGAAGAUAUGCUAGCGGACACGGAACGCGAUUUGGCAGAGCGUAGAGAGCGUGGAUUACCGCGCAGAAAGUCGCAUGUGGUAGGCGAGCGACAAUUCGAUUACUAUGAUGAACUGGUGGCAUUGACGGGCAUCGACAAUAUCAGGCCAGUCAUCAAGACACUUUCAAAAAGUUGUGGCGGCAAAUUUCUCUAUGAUUUACAAAAUUAUCGCAAAACAGCUUUUAAAGUAAUUGACGAUGAACAUUUUGUGCAAUAUAAACUGGGCGAAAUGUAAGGCAAGCAAACAAAAACAAAAACAGUUGACGGUUGACAUUUGUGUAUUAAAUUUAUUUAGCCACUGGGUAAUUUAAACAAAAUAAGUUUAAAUUUAUUAAUUAAUUGCUUUUCUGCAAGUUUUAAGCUUAGUGUUAUAAUGAAACGUAUAAUAAUUCCAAUAAACUAUAAUAGAAAAAAAAUUUCUGCACGCGCAUGC